GAGUAUGUGCAGCCUCGGAAGGACAGACUGCAAUAGCUAGAAGGAUAAGGACAGCUGAACACCUCUGGCGAGAUGAUCAAAUCCUUCAAGCAAACGUUCCUGUCCCUGGAUCUGCAGUCCCCUCGGUGGAGCUCAGCAGAGACAACGGCAAAGGAUUAUGAACUGCGUCAGUAUGAGACAGCGAAGUGGGUCAGCACAGUCAUUAGGGGAGAGACCCAGAAGGAGGCGAUGCGCCAGGGCUUCUGGAAACUCUUCCACUACAUCCAAGGGAAGAAUGAGAAAGAAAUGAAAAUUGAUAUGACUGUACCAGUGACAUGCCUGAUAAAAUCUGGCUGCACAGACUUCAAGAUCUCUUUCUUUGUGCCCUUUGAGCACCAGGACUGUCCACCACAGCCCACUGACUCAGAUGUGUUUAUUGAAGAGCGGAAAGCAGCAGCCAUCUUUGUCCGGUCCUUUGGUGGAUUUGCCUCCCCAGAGAAAUAUGCUGAAGAAGCUGAAGUCUUGGCCAGAAUCUUAAGAAACAGAGGCCAACUAUUCCAUGAAGACUUCUUCUAUACUGCAGGCUAUGACAGUCCCUUCAAGCUCUUUAACAGGCACAAUGAAGUGUGGUAUUUUAAAAAGUAAUAUGGUGGCACAGAAUAUUAAGAGGCUACUAACCAGCUCUGAAUGGAAACAGAACUUAUUAAUGGCUUUUGCUUUACUGCAGAAGAUUUAAUUUGCACAGACACAGGAUCAUGCCUAAUUAAUUUUCUCUAGAAUGAAAUACUGUUCUGGCUAAAAAUAUUUCAGUUCUUUCUGUAAGAUGUUAAUUAAAUUCAAGUAGAUUGUACCAGCUGGAGUGGGAGGGAGAUAUGACAAACCUAUUCCCCUUAUUGAAAGGUUCUAGGGAACACGUAAUCUGAAAAUAUUCCUGCAGAACAGUUUAGAUGUCUAGAAGUGCUACAGCAAUACCUCAAGUGUUACAGAGAAUGAGUUCUUUAUACAACUGACUUUGCCCAUAUUGGCAUCAUUCCUGUGACAACAGAAAGAUGGGGGAAAUGAAUUUUUCAGAGAACAAACCUACCAUUAAUGAGUUUUGGGAAGCAGCACUACCUUAGCAGGCCCUAGUGCCUCACGAGCAGUAACUUUUUCUAAACUAGUAUUACCAAAACUCUCCACACCUCUCUGGUCUAGGUUUUUUUUCUUCAUGGAGGGUGCAUACUGUCUUGUUCCAGACUAAUGCCAGUGACCAGAUUGGAUUUAAGAGUCCAUUGGAAAAGGGUUGACAGUGUCCAAGCUGUAUGCUUAUUCUGUGCACAUCAUCUGCACCUGAACAUAUAAUACCAGACUUAGUGGUAGCCUGUAAUUUUAGGAGCAAAUACACAAGCAGUACUGUUCAGCUCUCACCUACAACACACUCGUUACUACAAUUAUUUAGCUUUGUCCAAAUCUUGGUAUUGCUCAGGUCAACUGCAGUCUGCACACUAGCAAUAUCUGACACCCAAGUUAAAACACUUGCAGGACUAGCAUUUAAGCUAGUUUAGUCCCU